AUGAGCUAUCUUGAGAAAGCGGCUGUCGACGCUGAUAUGGUCGAGGGUUGGGAGGAGUUUCAGCGGCAGUGGGCAGGCAAGAAGAAGGCUGAAGAGGAGCUGAAAUGGCGGCAGCAGGAGUAUCAGCGAGAACAACAAAGUGCAGCGCAACAACAGCAACAGCAACAACAACCCCGGCAGGCCAAGCCAGCGACUGGACCACGUAAUGCGAGCUCUAAGGCGGCGGCAGGUGGCAGUGCAUCUGCCAAUGCCUCUCAAUACCGGCCUCUGACUGAAGCAGAAGCACUCGCUCUACGAGUUCUGGACGCGAAACAAAACCUGGACGACCAGACCCGAGCCUACGACAGGGCCAGGUGGCAAUACCCCAAGCCUCCUCUCUUCGUCGUCAAUGCUUUAGCGCACGCUGUAAAGCGAGCACAGGACGAGUUGGCCAAUGCCCAGCAGGUCGAGGAUAUCGCACGCAGGGCGAGGUUGGCAAGGGCCAAAGCAGCAAAUCAACAGCAAGGGGCCAGUAGCAGCACCGCGACCCAAGGUGCAGCGAAGAACCAACCGGCUCAACAAAGUACCAGCAAGACCGCAACUCCAAAACCAGCAAAAGCAACACAACCGUCCAAGACCACAACUCCUGUCGCUAAAUCAGAGAAUCCUUUCGCCGUGGACCCCGCCUUCCUCGCCAGAAUCAAAGCGAUGAACGAAGCAGCUCAAAAGAAAUCGGCAUCCCUCCAGAACAAGAGCGACGCAGAAGCAGAAGCCGACCUAGCGACGAAGCGUCGAAAAGCAGAGCAAGACGAAGCGUUUCUCGAGUCUUUGAAGCAGGGCGGUACUUCUGCUGGCAGCCAAGGGAAAGGAAAACAGAAGGCGACAGACGCAGACCCUCCAGCGCAGCCUUCGAAGUACCAGGCCCAUCCGAGAUACGUCUCCCCAACGGUCGAAGACGCAAUGGGCGAGGGUGAGGAGCAGAAAGAGAAGACCAAGACGAGGAAGAAGAAAACCAGCGGCUCCGGCAUCAAAAAGAAAGGCGUCGUCAAAUCUACAACGAAGAAGAAGAAAGGCCCCUUCAUCGUAGAGAAAUCCAGCGACGACGAGGAAGAGGAAGAGGAGGAUUUAUACUCUUGA